UACGAAAUGGAUAUUUUCGACGCGGGCGUCGGCAAAAUAAAAACGAUGAAGGAGCGUGAAUCGGAGCGCCAGUCCAACCUGCUCAAACGGCAGGAGACCAAAGCGCGCGCGGCCUCCGAGGUCGAACAGCUGAGCUAUUUUGAGAAAAGCUUCGCCGAAAGACAGUGCGCCGUCGAGGAGUUACUGGCCAAAACGCGCGCUAUACCUACUCAAGACUUGCCCGGCCAUUUCGACACCAUAUUUAAGGAGAUCGCGCUCCUACAGAAGUACGUCGCGGCGUCGAGCCUGUUCCUGAAGAGUUACUUCGUCACGCGGUGUCAAAACAUCGUGCGCGACUUGAACGACCACGCGCACCGCCUCGAAACUGUCCUGCUGCCGAAGAAAAAGUUCGGGUUCAAAACAAAACCGACGCAGGAUCAGAAACAUUCGGAAAUCGAGGACCAAGUCGACUCCGAUGCUCGGCAGGACGUCGGGUUGCAAUUCCUGCCGUCCUGUGGGUUUUCCGACCGCAGAGACGAAGUUUUAGUACUAAACGCAGAUGAGGUGAGGAAAAAGGACGUCGUGCUAGAACGCAUGCGCGACUGCGACGUCAUCAUACGCGGAGUGCCCAGCACAUUGUUUCUUAAUGGGUUGAGUAACUGUCGAGUGUUGUCGGGUCCGGUUUCGACGUCGGUAUUUGCCGAACGCUGCAACGACUGCACCUUUGUCAUAGCGUGUCAGCAGUUGAGACUUCACGGCUCUGCUAGAGUCGAUAUUUAUCUACACGUCACGAGCAGGGCGAUUAUGGAAGACUGCGACGCCAUUCGAGUCGCGCCUUACAAUUGGAACUAUGAGGGACUGGACGGUCACUUCGAGGAAGCGUCGCUCGACAGCUCUCUGAAUAACUGGAGGGGUAUCGACGAUUUCAAUUGGCUGAACGCGGAGAAGAGGUCGCCGCAUUGGUGUGAGAUCGAGGAGGGGGAACGCGUCACCCAGUGGGCGUAGAUUUUUAGGGAUUUGUGUAAGCCGGGUUUAGUGUAGAUUAUAGCUUUUUUUUAUUCAAUUUUGUUUUGAUUCUAUCUCUGCCUAUUAGUGAGGAAGAUUGACAA